AUGGCAGGAAGAGGUGGAAGAAAUCAGAAACGCCAUAUGGGACGUAACGAAUAUUUUCGGCAAACAUCAAAGAAGAAUGACGAGAACUACAACAAAGGCCGGGACGAUGAGGCACAGGCACUAAAGAAGAGGAAGAUAGAAAAUGGUGAGGUGCCGAUGCCGAUAUAUGCGACUCAAUUUUCUGCGGAGGAUAUUGCUGCUGAGGAACGGCGGCCGAAGAAGAAAGUAGCUGUUAUGAUUGGGUACUCUGGUACAGGGUACCAUGGCAUGCAAUUGAGUCCAACCGAGAAGACGAUAGAAGGUGAUCUCUUCGCUGCCUUCGUCGCUGCCGGAGCAAUCUCAAAGGCAAAUGCAGCCGACCCCAAGAAGUCAUCGCUCGUCCGCUGCGCUCGUACGGACAGGGGCGUUCACGCAGCCGGAAACGUCGUAUCGCUAAAAUUGAUUGUCGAAGAUCCCGACAUUGUCAAGAAGAUUAAUGAUAAUCUAAGCCCUCAGAUUCGUGUUUGGGGGUAUGAAAUCGUCACUAAGGGAUUCAGCUGCUACCAACUUUGCGACUCUCGUAUGUACGAGUAUCUAAUUCCUACUCAUUGCUUCCUGCCGCCUCACCCAAGCACGCAUCUGGGGAAGAAGAUAGUACAAUUUGCCGAGGAAAACGAGGAUAUGGAAGGUUUUCUUCAACGACAAGAAGGUGUCUUGGACUUUUGGCAAAAUAUUGAUGAAAGUCAGAUCAAACCUAUCUUGGAGAAGGUACCCGAAGAAAUUCGAAGACUUGUUCAAAGAGCGUUGUAUAUUGAAGAUGAUAGCGACAAGGCAACAGUAGUUGACAAGGAACCACAUCAGCCAGUUGACGUGAUACCCAAACUCGAAGAAGCUCAGCAAUCAGCACCCCCAAAGGCCAGUGUACAGCAAUCCUCGACUGAAAGACAAGAAAACUCAACAACAGAAUCACAAACCCAACAACCCCCGAAACCAAAACUCACAGUCGAACAAAAAGAAAUCAUCAACAGCAGCAUAAAACAAAUCAAAGCUGCCUACCAAAACGCCAAACGAGCCUACCGAAUCCCUCAAUCACGCCUCCAAAGAGUGCAAGACGCACUAGACAAAUACGUCGGAACACGCAAUUUUCAUAACUACACCAUCCAAAAGAACUUCCGCGACCCAUCAUCCAAACGAGUCAUAAAAUCCUUCGUUGCAAACAAGGAGCCCAUCAUCAUCAACGGUACGGAAUGGGUAAGUCUCAAAGUGCACGGACAGAGUUUCAUGAUGCAUCAGAUCCGUAAAAUGGUUGCCAUGGUUGCAUUGAUUGUUCGUUGUGGAUGUGAUCCCAAAAUCAUUGAGGAGAGUUACGGUCCUACGAGAUUAUCUAUCCCCAAAGCGCCAGGUUUGGGUCUCUUGUUGGAACAUCCAAUCUUUGACUCGUAUAAUAAUCGAGCCGCGAAGGAUUUUAAUAAGGAGACGAUUGAUUUUGCGAAGUAUGAGAAGGAGAUGAAUGAGUUUAAGCAGAGGGAGAUUUAUGAUCGGAUUUUCAGGGAAGAGGAGGAAUCCAAUGCUUUUGGUAUCUUUUUCAACCAUGUUGAUCAUUACCCAGCGAAUACUUUUCUGUAUUUGACUUCAGGCGGUAUUGCGGCGUCUCGAGAGGGGGAUGUGUCUGCUACUGCCGAGAAAGUCAAGACUGGGGAAGAAGCUCUAGCAGGUAUUGAGUCUGAACCUGAGGAAAAUGCCUCUGGUGCUGAGGGAGGUUGA